GCAGUCAGGGGCGGACUGACCAUUUGGAAACUCGGGCACUGCCCGAGGGCCUGGGGUCAGUAAGGGGCCCCAUGAGAUGCCCCUGGUACCUUUUUCAUAGGCUUUUUUGAGCUUGGGCAAGGACACAGGGGUCCCAUGAUCCCCUAUUGCCCAGGAGCCCCAUGAGUUGUCAGUCCGCCCCUGGUGGCAAGAAACUGGGCUUCUGGGUCUUUUCGUGCAGAGGAUCAGUUCAACCUGGAGGACAACCUGUAAACAACACACAUGUCUCUCACUUGCCAGCAAGGACAUGCUGCUUUGUAUUUCUCUGCACAGCGCAGAAACACAAAGCAGCAUGUGUCCCUAGUAAAAAA